CGAUUCACGAAUCGAAGAAGCUUUCUUCUCCUCUCCCGUUCUCAACCCGCCGCUGCUCCUCUUCUCUAGCUCACCCCUGCAUCUUGGAGUCUGGCGAUCGGUGACGGCAGCGAGACAACGAGCUUGGUUGCCCGAGAACGCCGCCGACUCUCCCUCCCCUGGCUCGACCGUCGUUCGUCUGCUCCAGCCAGCCCAGCCUCUGGCGACGAGAUCGAGAAACUCCACCGAGUCUACCUCCCCUGGCCAAACCGCCCUUCGUCGUCUCUGUUCGCCGGAGCCACCGAGUCUCCCUCCCCUGUCUCGAGUCUCAACCGUCCUUCGUGGUUUCGUCUUCUUCGGUUCAGCUCAGCCCUUCUCAACAACAUCGGAAUCAUCAUAACCAAGGGCAUCAGAACUCCAUUCAACAACAUCAGAAUCGUCUUCUCCACUAAUAACAGAUAACUCAAGAAGUUUUAACUACCAAUUGAGAACGGAAAGAAUUGGGGUCUCCUCUCAUCUCUUCCACUCUCGCCUUGUCGUUGCGGUCGACCCGGCUUUCCCUGCUCGCCGUUGACCCAGCCAUCAUCCCCUGCUCACGGUCGACCCGCCCUUCAGCCACUGCUCGCCGUCGACCCGCCCUUCAGCUCCCUGCUCGCCGCCUUGUCAUUGCCGUCAUCGUCUACUUCUCUUCUCGUCGACGACAGCUCUUCCAAGUCGCUGCCUUAUCCCCUGCGCCUCUUCUCGUCGUCAUUGCCUCUGAGAUUGAGAAGCUACUGCCGACUUUAUACAUCCCUGGUCUGCUGGGUUUUGCUCCCCUACCACUCUGCCCGCAUCAUCCUUUGUUUUAUCAUGAACAAUAAUGAGGUCGAAAACAAGAAUGAUUAUGUAAUGGCGGAAGGAAAGGAGGUAUGGCCUAAUGAGGUCAAGUUAUAUCUUAUUGAUUUGAUGGUGGAAGAAGUGAAGAAUGGAAAUAGGACUACCACUACUUUCUCAACGGUAGGCUGGGCAAACAUAAAAAAUGGACUGACAAACAAGUUUAGGAAGGUUUGGAAUGAUGAUCGGUUAAAGAACAAGUUUAAUCAGUCGAGGAGAAAGCAUAGGGUUUUCACGACCAUCAUUAGUGAGACGGGAAUUAGUUACACUACGACAACGACCAUCAUUGAUGUUUUAACAUAUUUGAUAUUUGAUAUCGUAGUUGUACUUCUUAAAAUCUUUGGUUGAUGUACUAGUAUUUUGUUUAUUUGUUUAAAGCAAGAUUCCUAUUUGAAAACAGAUAUCAGUUUGUAACAAUGGUAUCUAAACAAGUUUUCAAUUCAUGUUACAUGACUUUGAAUGAUUCUAUAUUUUUUAUGGCUUUAAUUUUAUUAAAGAUUCAUAUUGCUGGGUUGUGGAUUUUGGGUUUUGGGUUCUGGUCAUUGUUCCUAUGUUUUGGUCCGGAUACGGGUUUGUACAUGCUCACCUUUGACAUAAGGAGGAUAUUCUUGUUCGACUAGUUUACCAUUAAAAAAUCAGAAAUCCAGGAAGAAAGGAUGUCUGGUAAAUGUUGCGUGGUGACCGGAGGCAGGGGCUUUGCCGCCAGGCAUUUGGUGGAUAUGCUCAUCCGAUCAGACAAGUUCCUCGUUCGGAUCGCUGAUCUACCUCCCGCCAUCGACCUCUCCCCGGAGGAGGAGAAUGGAGACCUUGGUCGUGCAUUGGAAUCCGGCCGCGCUUCCUACGUCUCUAUGGAUCUCCGCAACAAGCCCCAAGUCCUCCAAGCUCUUAAAGGAGCUGAGGUUGUUUUCCACAUGGCGGCCCCGCAUUCAGGUAUCAACAACUACCAGCUCCACUAUUCAGUCAACGUGGAAGGGACCAAGAACGUGAUUGAUGCUUGCGUCGAGCUUAAAGUGAAGAUCCUAAUCUUCACUAGCUCUGCUAGUGUGGUUUUUGAUGGGAUUCAUCCAAUCUUCAAUGGAGAUGAAUCAUUGCCGUAUCCACCCAAGCCUCUUGAUUCCUACUCUGCGACUAAAGCAGAAGCGGAGGCUGCUAUCCUUAAGGCAAAUGGUACUAAUGGGCUUCUUACUUGCUCCUUACGUCCUAGUAGCAUAUUUGGUCCUGGAGAUAAAUUGUUUAUUCCUGCUCUUGCUGAGUCGGCGAGGGCUGGCAAAUCCAAGUUCUUAAUUGGUGAUGGCAAUAACGUCUAUGACUUCACGUAUGUUGAGAAUGUGGCACAUGCUCACAUAUGUGCUGAACAAACUUUGUCAUCAUCAGGGGAGGCUGCAGAGAAAGCUGCAGGGCAGGCAUAUUUUAUAACCAACAUGGAGCCUAUCAAGUUUUGGGAGUUCACUGGAAAUGUUUGUGCAGGUCUUGGUUAUGAGAGGCCAAGGAUCAAGGUUCCUGCUAUUGCUGUAUUGCCAGUUGCUCAUGCAAUUCAGUGGGCAUAUAAUCUACUCGGCACAUAUGGGAUGAAGCUCCCAGUGUUGAUUCCUUCAAGAAUUAGGCUUCUUUCUGGCAACCGAUCAUUUAGUUGUGCAAAGGCUCAUGAACUUCUUGGCUAUACACCAAUUGUAUCACUCGAGGAUGGUUUGAAAAGGACCAUUGAGUCAUUUUCACAUCUUAAUGCUGAGAAUCAACCUAAAAGAGAAGGGGAAUCUAAGGCUUCAUUAUAUCUUGGAAAUGGAAAAGUUGCUGACACACUACUUUGGAAGGAUACCAAGAAGACACUCAUCGUGUUGCUAGUUCUAAUUGGGAUUUACUACAGUUUCAUUUCAUCUAAUACUACCAUUAUUACUGCGACUUCAAAGCUUCUCUUGAUGGCAGCAAUUUUUCUAUUCGUCCACGGCAGAUUACCUGAGAAAAUGUAUGUCCCUUAUCCCUUCCUUUCGGAUUUCAGUCCUAUGUUGAUUUUCGUACGGCUAUAAUUGUGCCAUUGAUUUGAUGUUCUUUGGAUGGGUACCGCUGGAUGCACAACUCAUUUGCUUCUUACUGCCUUAAAGUCUUGAACAAGCAGCUUUGAGUGACCAACAGAAAAAUUUGAUUUGUGUUUGUAUUAUACUCCAAUCUCUUGGUGUGAAUUUGGAAGGGAGACUAUUCUUCAUCUAGAUUAAAUGCAGCGGGAACUAAUAUAAAGCCAGAUUGAAUAAUGUAUGAGCUUUUGGGACUCGGUAUGUUUUGUCUGUAAGAGCCUUCAGGUGCUCUGAAAUAUAAAUAUUGGAUGUGAGAACCAUCAUAGAAGCUUUCGGUGUUGGUUAAUUAAGAGAACUGGACUAUUAUAGUGUGCUAGUGACACAUUUGCUUCAUACGUACAGAUUUGGGUAUAAAAUCGAAAAGAUCCAUCCGUCUGAUUUUUACUGGACUGAGAAGAAGUCUUACCAAGUUGCUCAUGUAUUAGCUUCGUUCUGGAAUGCCGGGAUCAACAUUCUAGAAUCUCUUUGCAAAGGGAAGGACUGGUUGCUUUUCCUCGAGGUUGUCUUGUCGCUGUUGAUCAUUGGCUUCAUAGGGACCAUUUCCCUUCACUCAUUGUUUGUAAUGGGAGUUCCCACAACAUUUUUAGGGUUCUACUUGUACGAAAGGAACGAAGAAGCGAUUGAUGGUUUGGUGUCGGAUGCUCUCUCUUACGGAUAUAAAUUGAAAUCUCAAAUCAUCCACAAAGUAACUAGUCCAAAACUUGACUAACAAGGAAGGCUCAUUAGAUUAACUAUGCAGUUUCUUCUUUGUUUUCCUCCCUUUGCUUGACAGUUUUGUAACAGGUAGUUAACGUCACGGAAACAUACAUGGUCAGCUGGGUUUUGAUCGUUGGGGUUUGUUUAUUUGGGGAAGAUGACAUGCCAGUCAUUAUCGCGUUCUGUACGCUAUACUUCUGUUGGUAUCGAGUGUUAUGUACACACAACGUAACACACUGUUCUUGAGUUUAUUUGGCUAAUAUAACUUGAUCAUUUAAACUUAUAGUAUUAGACCUAUCUAGAGUUGUAAAUGAGUCUAGCGGAAUUUUACCCCAGUUUGAGCUCGGCGAGUUAAUAAACGACUUGAGCUCAAGCUAGACUCGUUUAUUAAUGAGGCGAGGCGAGUUCGAGCUAGUUUGUUUAAUAAAAUCUUGACUUAUAUUUGAUAUAUUCAUUUUCUAUGUCAUACAUUAC